GCGGUGGGAGGUCAAAGCUGUUCACCCUGGAGUGUGAACAGUAACGUGGUGGUACAUCCUAGUGGUGGCUCAAAGCAAUGGGCUGCACCUCAGCGUGGGGGUAAACUCGCACACAGCGCGCGCUCCCCGUCACACGCAGCCACGGACGCACCGCCGCCGCAGCGCGCUGUCACCCACACCGCCGCAAAGUUGUUUUCCACCGACCGACAGGAAGAACCCGCGUGAAGGUUUCAGGUGGGGAGGAAAAAGAAACAAAAACAAACCAAGACUUAUCCGCCGGCUGCUUCACAUAAAGACGUUUGAGAGCGCGCACAAGCGGAGGCGCACACGGGAGCUAAAAAAGACGGCAAGGACGGAGAGGAGACGGAGGGCAGGACCGAAGCUGCUUCACUUUUUUUUUUCUUUUUUCUUUUUUUAGUUUUUUUUUUUUUUUUUUUUUUAAUCGAAUUCAUAAGAGUUCAUCCGGAACGAGCCAGGACAGCUUUUGCGCGGAAGACGUGCGUAAAAGUUUGGAGUUGCAGCGAUAAACAAAAAAACAAAAAACAAACAACAACAAAAAAAACAUGCAAUCAAACUAAAACUUAGUAGUAACGAUUCAUUUCUUCAAGCAAACGGCUGCUGCUACUUUACUGGAAAGAUGUCCAUCAAGAGAAAACUUUAAACAUCUCAAGCAGAAGCAUCGGCGCAGGAAAAAAAGAAAACGAAAAAAGUUGGACUGAGCCAAAGAUGUCCAGACGCGCUCUGAGAGAAGACGCUUUCUGAAGUUUUGGAAGAUGAGACGAGGCGCUGAAUCUGCAGCACUUCUGGGUCAGUAAAAAAAAAAAGGAGAAAAAAAGAAAGAAACUGGAGACCCCCCGAGGUUGAAGCACAAGAGAGAUUUGUUGUGUUGUUGGGGAAGGCUGAAAGAGAAAAGAGACGGAUAAAGUGUGAGAGUGAAGCGACUAAUUGCCGAGUCCGUGCCUCAUUACCAUAUUCAGUGCGCAUCCGCUGGACUCCAGCCAAUCCUCCCCACCUUCACGCGAUCACAUUCAUCGCCGAGCGUUAUUCACGAUCAUAAUUAUGAUAGCGACAUGCGCAAUCUGACGCACAGUAACAGCAGCGCCACCGGCUAAUUUCUGAUAUCACCCCCCCCCCCCCUUCCCCCAGCCUAUUUGUGAACUUUUGUUGUUGUUGUUGUCGUCGUCGUGCGCGUGUUGAUUCAUUCGUUCAUCGCUGAUGUAUCUGCAAAACGCAGAGACCUCUCGGAGCGCCAAAGCAGCAGCAGCAUCUUCAGCACCGACAGCAUGUCCCGACGCAAGCAAGCCAAGCCGCAGCACCUCAAGUCGGACGAAGAUCCAGCAUUAGCCGGUGUCCUCUCCGAGCACGCCCGAGGCGAUGUGCUGGAUGACGCCGACAGCGGGAACGAGAGUCGCAGCGGCAGCGAGGAGACGCAUGUGUGUGAGAAGUGCUGCGCCGAGUUCUUCAAGUGGUCAGACUUCUGUGAACAUUUAAAGAGCUGCACCAAGAACCCGCUGGUGCUCAUCAUCAACGACAAUGAGGACACACCGAACCCCUCCCAGGAGUACCCCGCCGAGCCGUCCCCCGAACCCAGCUGCCCCAGUGAGCAGGAUGACAGCGAGGACCCCAGAGAGGGCAACCACAGUCCUUCUGGGGAGGAACUUGACAUCCCAGAGACGGCAGCCUUAAACGGCAUCACUGUCUUAGAAAGGGAGGAUGAGCAGAUGGAGCUGGAACUGUCUCCUGAAAAAAGCAUGGACCCCGAAGAAAGAGAUGUGGCGUCUCCCGAGCCGGACAGCUCCUUACCUCAAAUCAAUGAUGCCGUCCCAGCCGCGGUUACAGACUAUGCUAUGCCAAGCACCAAUGUCACCUUGGAGACGCUGCACGGAACCCGGGUAGCGGUAGCCCAGUUUUCACAGAGUGUGAGGGCGGCAGCGGGCAAUGGCGUUUCCACCAUGGCUAUUCCCAUGAUUCUGGACCAGCUGAUGGCCCUGCAGCAGCAGCAGAUCCACCAGCUGCAGCUGAUAGAACAAAUACGCAGCCAGGUGGCUCUGAUGAACAGACAGUCUGCCUCCCAGCUGGCCCUCAACCACCAACAUGGCACUGCUGCUGCAACCCAGAGCCCCACGUCCAACUGUGUCCCCCCUGUUCCAAGUCAGCUACAGCUCCACAACUUCAUCACGCCCCCUGUCCAUCAGCUGCCCGUUCGGUUACCAGCCACAGUCAGUGGUCAAGGCGCUUCACCUCUGACCUCAACGAUAGAAGGGCCUCUGUCCCAAACACCACAAAGUGGCAGUCAGCUGUCCAGCUCUUCAAUCCCCAGCACUUCGUCAAGUAAUUCAAUGUUCCCUGCCCCUAGUGGCACGGGAUUGUCAUCUCUUCUUCCAGCCUCCUCAUCCUCUGUAACAAAUAACAGUAUUAGCACUAGCAGCAGUGUAGCUGGUGGCAUCAUCAUCAGCAGCAGCUCAGUGCUACCCAGGAACUCCACCACACCUCCGUCGCUCUGCCACAGCAGCGUCCCGAGCGCCACUUCCAGUCUACCACUGAUACCUCACAGUUCAUCCAGCAGCGUGAUCUUCCCCAACCCGCUGGCUAGUAUAGCAGCCACGGCGAACGCUCUCGACCCCCUUUCUGCUCUGAUGAAGCAUCGUAAGGGCAAGCCUCCUAACGUAUCUGUGUUUGACACUAAGCCCAGCUCAGAGGACCCAUUCUUCAAGCAUAAGUGUCGGUUCUGUGCGAAGGUGUUUGGCAGUGACAGUGCCCUACAGAUCCAUCUGCGCUCCCACACUGGUGAGAGGCCCUACAAAUGUAACAUAUGUGGAAAUCGUUUCUCCACCAAGGGUAACCUGAAAGUACACUUCCAGAGGCACAAAGAAAAAUAUCCCCAUAUUCAGAUGAACCCGUAUCCUGUGCCAGAAUACCUGGACAAUGUACCCACAAGCUCAGGCAUUCCAUAUGGCAUGUCUCUGCCACCAGAAAAACCUGUAACUACAUGGCUAGACAGCAAACCUGUCCUGCCCACUGUUCCCACCUCAGUCGGGCUUCAGCUCCCUCCUACAUUGCCGAGUAUGAUGGGAGGUUUUGGCGAGUCUCCGAGCCUCACACCCCUCAGUAGGUCUCCUCAGAGGCCCUCUCCACCCUCAAGUGAGUGUGCAUCUUUGUCCCCGAAUAUUGUCAGUGACUCUGGCAUGACCACUAUGUCACCCUCCCCAAAACCCAGCCUAGGGAGUGAUGCACCUCCACUCUUGAAACCUGAAGGUGUUCUACUGCCCCCAAGUUGCUCUACAAGGCCAGGAGAGAACACUACUACCACAACUACAGUAACUCAAGUUGUCCUUUCUGCUACCGUCACUUCCACUACAUCGUCAAGCAACGGGCAGGUCAUUGAUUCCAUCACUAGCCCCAACUCUGCUACUAAUCCUGUCUCACGUCCUGUCCUCCCUAUGCUGUCAGACCAGUUUAAGGCCAAGUUUCCCUUUGGAGGUCUUCUAGACUCUAUGCAAACAUCAGAGACUUCAAAACUGCAGCAACUUGUUGAGAAUAUUGACAAGAAGAUGACUGAUCCUAACCAGUGUGUUAUCUGUCAUCGUGUUCUUAGCUGUCAGAGUGCUCUCAAGAUGCACUACCGUAUCCACACUGGAGAGAGGCCUUUCAAAUGCAAAAUAUGUGGGCGGGCCUUCACCACCAAGGGAAACCUGAAAACACACUUUGGCGUCCACAGGUCAAAGCCCCCACUUCGUGUCCAGCACUCCUGCCCUAUAUGUCAAAAGAAGUUCACCAAUGCUGUUGUGCUACAGCAACACAUCCGCAUGCACAUGGGAGGACAGAUCCCCAACACCCCAAUCCCUGAAAGCCUCCAGGAGAUGGAUACUGACCUGUCCUUUGAUGAGAAGAGCUUAGAUGCAAUGAGCAAUUAUGACGAUGACCUCCUGGAUGAAAUGGAGCAAGCGAUGGAUGAUGAGUCUGACUUAAAAGAAGGAGAAGUGGAUCCAUCGAAACCUUAUUCCCCUGGAAGCUCCCCACCAACCUCCAUCAUGUCCAGCAUUGCUGCUAUGGAAAAUCAGAUGAAAAUGAUUGACUCCACAGCCAACAUGGCCCGUUCGUUUGGUCAGAAACCUACACAGAAUGGCGGCAGCAGCUUCGGAGGAGAGACUGAUUGCUUUGGCGCUGAUUCGCUGUCGGCAGUGGGGGAUGCUGAAGGUCAAAGCUUGGGGAGCCCGGCUUUGUCUGAGUCCUCUGGCUCAAUGCAGCAUUUGUCCCCAGCCCACAGCCAUUCUGAGAGCCAGCGGUCCAAGUCCCCAGGUACACUCAACAAUAAUAACAGCAGCAGCGGUAUGACAGCAGAGGAGAGCCAGGAGAACAAUGCAGCCGGCUUCACAACGGUGAAGUUGGAAAAAUCAGAGACCCCAUCUCCACUUUCUGCAGCUGAAGGCAUGGGGGCCCUCGACCUGACUGCCACUCAACCAGGCAGGCACUUUAUCAAGGAGGAGAGCCACUUCAACAUGUUGUUUCUCAGCAGAGACAGAGGUCUGACUCCUAAUUUGGCCAGCACUGCAUCAAACAUGAUCAAAAUGGAAAUGAAUGGACACGGCAAGUCGGUGUCUCUAAGCGACGGCUCCCACCUGCCUGUGGGAGUCCAGGUUCCUGCUGCAGCACCACACAACACCAUGAGCCCCAGUAUCAACCCCAUGUUGGCUCCCCCGCCUCCACGACGCACUCCCAAGCAGCACAACUGCCACUCGUGUGGGAAGAAUUUUUCUUCGGCCAGUGCCCUGCAAAUCCACGAGCGCACACACACUGGAGAGAAGCCGUUUGCCUGCUCUAUUUGUGGAAGGGCUUUCACCACAAAGGGGAAUCUGAAGGUUCACAUGGGAACACACAUGUGGAACAAUGCUCCAGCCCGACGGGGCCGGCGGCUGUCCGUAGAGAAUCCCAUGGCUCUGCUGGGUGGUGAUGCCAUGAAGUUCAGCGAGAUGUUCCAGAAGGAUCUCACGGCUCGGGCUAUGAAUGUAGACCCGGGCUUCUGGAACCAGUACGCGGCCGCCAUCACUAACGGCCUCGCCAUGAAGAACAACGAGAUCUCUGUGAUCCAGAACGGAGGCAUCACCCAGCUUCCCGUCAGCCUCGGCGGACCGGGAAUCACGUCGCUGGGAGCCAUGCCUGGAGGAAUGGACCACGUUCACCCUGGAAGCAGCCCUCCGAUGACGGGUAUGGAGAAGGCCGGACUGGAAGUUGGAGCCAGCCGCCCCUUCUCCAGAUUUAUGGAGGAGAACAAACAAAUCGGGAUCAAUUAAAGACUUUUCAGUAUUAUUCCAAGGCAGGCUUUGGCAAAGGGUUUAAUUGCAAGGAAAACAAACUGCUGAUCCAUUGUGAACUUACUCUAUGUACAGAUUAAGUAUUUUUUUGUUUGAUUUUGGAAACAUAGUAUUUAGUAUUGAUUAGAGGUCUUUGACUUUCACCCAUUUCUUCCCCUCACUUGAUAUUUCGCCUAUAUGAAGAAUAAUUUGUCUCUUGUUUGAGAAUAUGUUGUCUUGCAAGAUUUGCAUGGUACUUAUUGGUUUUUAUCAGUAUGUUUGACUGCUUUUAAAAAUUCCUUUGAAAACCGGUGAUGGGCAAGCAUCAUAUCUGAACACGACUAAAAGUCGCUCAAGGACAGAACCUGCUCUUUUAAUACACGAAAGAGCCGCAGAGAAACAGAAGACUGUGCUCGCCCGAUUUUUAUUUUUUCUCAUGAACUCGAAAACUUGAAAAAAUAUUGUUUGAACUGUUUUAAUCUUUACAUUUAGUCUCCCAGCAGUCUUAUAAUAUUGUCCUGUGUCUUUAAUAUUUAUGAUAUUGACAAAAAGCGGGUAUACAAAAUAUAUUUAAUGUCCCAAACAUUUUAUUGAUCCAUUUUUUUCUAAACUGCAGGCUUCACUGGUGAAUAUCUCUGUCAGUAAACACAAUAUGUCAUUUGAUGAACAACAACAACAAAAAAGGUUUUAUUUGGAUAUCUGUGGAGACUGCGUGUAUCUGGUGACGUGGUUAAAAAAGGCUAGAGAUAUCCGAAGCUGCUAUGACCACAGCCCUGCUUUUAACCUUUGUAAAAAAGAAAGGAGGAAAAAAAGAAGUGAUUCUUUUGAAGAAAUAUCUAUGUAUAGAAAUCCAGACAAAUCUAAAACAGGUAUGCAUAUUUUGUAUCACAUAAAAUAGACACCAUGAGUUGA